AUGUCAAAGGUUAUGAGAAGCGUCAAGAACGUCACCAAGGGCUAUUCCAGCUCCCAGGUGAAGGUCCGCGAAGCGACCAGCAACGACCCAUGGGGCCCGACCGGCACGCAGAUGAGCGAGAUCGCACAGCUCACCUUCAACUCGUCAACCGACUUCAACGACAUAAUGGACAUUAUCGACAAGCGGUUAAACGACAAGGGCAAGAACUGGCGUCACGUUCUCAAGGCCCUCAAGGUCCUCGACUACUGUCUCCACGAGGGGUCCGAGCUGGUUGUCUCGUGGUCCAAGCACAACCUGUAUAUUAUCCGGACGCUCCGCGAGUUUAUCUACAUUGACGAGGAGGGUCGUGAUGUCGGAAACAAUGUUCGCAUUGCCGCGAAAGAGUUGACUGCUUUGAUCCAGGACGAUGAGCGACUGCGCACUGAGCGCAGCGACCGGAAGAGCUGGAAGUCGCGGGUAACUGGCCUCGACGAGUACGGCCCCGGCGGCCAAGGCGGAGACCUUCCCCCACCGCCCCGGCGCAACCGGGACCGGCGCGGCGGCGGUAACGACGACGAUGACGCCGAGUACCGGCUGGCGAUCGAGGCGAGCAAGGCGCAGGAGGAGGAGGACCGUCGGAAGCGCGAGGGCCGGAGUGGGAAUGCCGAGGAAGACGACGACGACCUGGCCAAGGCCAUCAAGCUGAGUAAGGAGGAGGAGGAGCGCCGCCGCCAGCAGCUCGAGGCGAACAGCAACAACAACAACAGCAGCAACAACAUCGACCUGCUGUUCGAUGUCGAGCAACCCGCCCAGCCAGCUGCCGCCCAGUUCACCGGUUUCAACCAGGGCUACCAGCAGGGCAGCGCUGUCGAUUUCUUUGCCAACCCCAUUGAUCAGAGCCAGAUGCAGAUGCAGAUGCAGCCGACCGGCUACAACCCGUACGGCAACUUCGCCGGCCAGCCCACCGGCUAUCAGAACGGCUUCGGUACAAACGGCUUCGCCACCCAGCAGACCGGCUUCGACCCAUACGGCCAGCAGGGCUACCAGCUGCAACAGCAGCCGACGUCCUUCUCCAACAACCCCUACAACACGCAGAUCCAGCAGCCCCAGCAGCAAGACUCGUCCUCUCUGCAGCCCGGCAGCAACAACCCAUGGUCGUCGGCAAACAACGGCAGCGCCCAGCCCUUGCAACCCCUGCCCACCGGCUCCAACAACCCCUUCGCCUCGGCCGGCGCGAACAACGCAAGACCGCAACAGCAGCAGCAGCAGCCGUUCAAGCCGUCCUUCAACACGCUCUCGAGCCUGCCCGAGCAAAAGACACUCGCAUCAUUUGGCCAGCCACAAGCACAAGCACAACCCUUCCAGGCACAACAGCAACCACAGCAGCCCCAGAAGGAAGUCAGCGAGCACGAGGCACGCCUCAACGCACUGCUGGCGGGCGGCGAGGGCAUGGACACCUUUGGCAACACGGGCCAGCUCCGUAUUCCUGCGCAGCACACCGCGCCCGGCACAUUUGUCAACAGCGCCGGUUCCAACCUGAAUCGCCUCACGGGCGAUGCCACCGGUACGAACAAUCCCUUUAUGCGCCAGCAGUUCACUGGCAUGCCCGCUCCGUCCUACGGCAACGGGCCUUCGGCGAAUCCGUUCGGCGCACAGCCGCAGCAGCGGCAGACGGGCAACCAGGACCUUAUCCAGUUCUAG